AUGGCUCCCCGUAACUACUCAGAGUUGGGCAGGUCCCUCGGCCUGCUGGGAGAUCAAUUGCCAUGGUACUGGAAAGUUGUCUCCGUCGGCUCAGCGUGGUCUCUGUUGACCGGGUAUGUGAUGUGUUUUCUUUUCGUUCUGAUCGCUGCUGCUGUUGAAGUUGAGGUCGAGGUUGAAGUUGACUUCAUCCUCUUCCCCUUCGCCAUGGAGCCAAACGGCGCGGAGCUGGGAGCGAACAAGAAUGCGCUCCUGGGAACCGCCGUCAUCCUCCUUACGCUUGCAUACCUUCUCAGCGCGCUCUACUACGUGCGGUGGCGCAGGAGUAUCUACCUCUUCAACUCUCUCUUCUUUGCCUGUUUUACAUCUUCCAUCCUAGGAAUGUUUAAUGUUGUUAUCAAUAUCCUGGUGCGCAAACUGCUGCCAAUGAACAUGCUGUCCACCAUUAUCGUGGCCAUCUCUUGCGUUUCGACAGCUGCCUAUGGGCUCCUGGCCUUCUACUUCUCCGACUACUGGCUGACCGUGACCUGUUCACGGCAGCGAAGACGAGCGCGAACUCGAGCUGCCAGUGAAGUGGCUCCCGAUGACGCAGAGCUGCAGAGGAGACAGCUUUUGCGCCUCUAUCUACGUCCCGAUAGGGCUCCAAGCGUGGAACUAUCGCAGAGUACAUUCCGCAUAGACCUUCCCGAUCCCCAGUCCAUCGCUGGCACAGAAGAGGAGAUGCUCGUCACUCCUCCGCAGAAUGCAUACGAGCGAUCUCUGCAUUCUGUCUCUGCCCCAAGCAACUACCCUUCCGAAGUGCAUUCAAGCCCAACUUCGGCUUACAAGCUGAAUCCUCUUCGAUACUGGCAGCCCCAGCGCAGCCACCGAGACCAAAUGCGCCCCCUAGCAGAGUUGAUCAGCUAG